GGGGGCGGUAUGCGCCCGAGGAGAAGGAGGAGGUAUACGUCAGUUCCGCUGCGCGGGGGCGGAGCGGGAGGUCGGAAGGUUCCAGAGGGGCUGUGGAGUUGUCGCCUCUGUUCGGGAAGUGCAGCUCAGCACUGUGCCGCAUGCGACAUGGCUGCUGCGCGUGAGGAGCUGCAGAAGGAUUUGGAGGAGGUUAAAGAGCUGCUUGCGAAAGCCACGAGGAAGCGGCUUCGUGAUGUUCUAAUGAUGGAAAAGCACAAGCUAGAGCUAGAAAUCAAGAAUCAGCCUCUGCCAAAGCCAAAAGAUGUGAUAGAGGAAGAAAAGUCGUCACUGGGAGGGUACACAGUGAAAAUCAACAAUUACGGUUGGGAUCAGUCAGAUAAGUUUAUUAAGAUUUAUGUCUCUUUAAAUGGAGUCCAGAAGCUUCCAGCUGAGAACGUGCAGGUGAAUUUCACAGAAAGGUCGUUUGAUCUGCUAGUGAAGAAUCUGAAUGGGAAGAACUACACCAUGACCUUCAACAACCUCCUGAAACCCAUCUCUGUGGAAGGCAGUUCCAGAAAGAUAAAGACAGACACAGUCCUUGUGAUGUGUAAGAAGAAGCGAGAGGAAAAAUGGGAGUGUCUCACUCAAGUGGAAAAAGAAAGCAAAGAGAAAGAGAAGGCUGCCUAUGACACCUCAGAUCCUAGCGAAGGGCUUAUGAACCUUUUAAAAAAGAUGUAUGCAGAAGGAGAUGAUGAAAUGAAGCGCACCAUCAACAAGGCCUGGGUUGAAAGCAGAGAAAAGCAAUCCAAAGGGGACAUACCAAUGGAUAUUUGAAAGUACUCUAAGGGCUGCCUUAAUACAGAUCUUCCAUGUGAGAACUCGCUGUGCUGCAAAGAUCAUUGUUUACACAAUCUUCUUCCAAGCAAAGACACUCAUUUUCCAUUUCAGGUUGGAGAAAAUAUUUAAAUAAAAUAGCUUAUAAAGCAUUUCCUUCAGUCAAGUGAUUCACCAUUUCCUGAGGAGUGGAGCAUAGGUAAAUCCUUACCCUCCCUGAAAAAGCACCUCAGAUAAGUGGAGGCUUUUGUGAAACGGAGAAGGGAAUGUAGAAGAAAAAAGGAAUCCUAAACUAGGAUGGGUCAAGGUCUCUCUGUUGCAAGUGACAUCAGUACCCAUCUGGUUACUGGGACUGAUGUCACUGUGGGGUACGUUUUUUUUCUUUGACAUGUGGGAUAGUAUGUUGUGACAAAAGGAAAAAUGCUGAGGAAAGCAGAACCACUGUCUCAAGACAGUGCAUUUGUGAGUUGAGCAGAAGCGGUAUGGUGUUUAUACUGUGGUAUUAAAAUCUAAGUACUACCUGUUUAACUGCACGUGGCUUUUGAAAACUGCUCUUUAACUUCUAUGCCAAGUAUGACCUCUUUGGGGUGUCUUUAGGUGGCAUCAGUCACAGAAGAGUACUGAGCUGCUGAUGGUAGCGAGUUGACCCUGGCUCUAGCAGUGUAUAAGGAAGAGAGAAGCUCCAUAACCUCCUAUCAGCUUUGAAAGGUUUUAAGGUAACAGAGUGAGUAGUAUGUUUAGAUAAGUUAUACACCAAAACUUCACAAAACUUGAGGUGAUGGAUUGCUGUUAACUUGCUGCCUGUGUGUCUUCCUUCCACCUGAAGAUAGUACAGCUUUACUUGGCCUAUUUAUUGCAGCCACUGCCACCUACAACUAGGGAGGGCAGAGUGGCCAUUUCCCCUUUAUUGCCCUGCUUUGAAGAAGAGUACAUGGCAAACAUGAACUUAGCAGCAGGCUUGUUGGGGUUACUGUUUCUUUCAUGCUUCCUCUGUGUGUUUCUCCCAGGGACAGGUUUACUUAAUGUUACCUGCCAAAUUAAGCAAGCCAUUACUACCCUAUUGUGGUCUGGACUAGGACUUAAUUGGUACUUUGUUUUUAAAGCACUGGAACAAGCUCUGCACUAUAGGUAGGAGAAGAAUAUUAACAUGUUGUUGUUUUCAGUAGGUUCUCUACCUGUUCUUUGUCGCUCGUUAAUAUGUUUGUAUUAAGUUUGCAUAGCAAGAUUAUCUGAAUUUGAGAUUAUGUUUUAAGUUCAUGCUCAUUUUUGUUCGUGGCAGAAUAAUACUUUGCCCUGUUGUGAAGCUUCAUUUAUGCUUUUACCUGAAUUACCAUGGUGAAUUCAACCAUAUAGUGGCAAAAAAAAAAUGCUUAAAUGAG